AUGGAUCCGCAGAACAGCGAUCCGAACCCGCAGCCUCCAUGGCAGCUCACCGACCUCCCCCCUCUGCGCUUCCUCCUACGUUGUUGCGAGCCUGCCAAGAUACAGACACGUAACAUACGGCAAAAGAACGAUCUGUUUCCUCAAGAGCCUGCAAACGUGAAAACUCCAAGAAAGCAGACAAAGACAACAGGUAUCGCCGACGCAAACUUCCGCUUCCUCCGCGAAAUCGACAUGAUCCAGGCCAGCUCCGACUUCAGAGCCCAGACCCCCUUCGCCGUCGGCCUCAAGAAAAGCCCCGAUGGCGAGCCCAUGCUGCUCGUCGCCAACAAGCCCUUCGAGAAGCUCUUCGGUCAAGUGCCGGACGCAGGCCUCCCGCUCAGGCAGCUGCUGGGCCCGGCCACCAAGGCAGCGGACCGUGACAGACUGCUGGAGGGCAUCCGCGGAGAGGGACGGAGCGAGGCAGGGAGCAUGCUGCUGUACGGCAAGAGCCAGCAGGCGGGGAGGAAGGCGCUACCGGUCGAGGCGACGAUAGAGGUGCGGAGCCUCAAGGACACCAAGGGGUACAGGACGUACUUUGGGAUGCGGGUGGAGGGCGUGAAGCCAGCGGAUCACGAGUACGUGAGACACUGUGAAGUAACAAACGAGUGGCUAGGGCACGACCUCAAGUACAAGCAUGAGAGGAGCUCGAAAGAGCACUCCGUAGAGAAGAAAGUCGGCCUCGUCUCCCGGAUGCUCAUGCUGCACGUGCGGGACGACGACAAGGAGGAGAGGCAUCGGCAGCAGCUGGAUCCGUACGGAGACAUCGACAGGCCCAUCGACCUGCAUGUGAGCUUGAACCAAGGCAGCAAGGCUGUCGACAGGAGGAGCAGCUUGCAAGACGACCUGGUCAAGGACGUCAAGCAUGGCGUCAGAGGCGACGGGGUACUCAGGCGAUGCAGUCUGCAGAGCUUUGGGAUCAAGGAUACGGUUGCGUCGACGACGAGCAUGGAGAGCUUGCACCAGAAGAGCCAGGAGUGGGUUGCGGAGCAUCACGAGCUUUUCAACCCGAUCCGGGAGCGAGGGUCGUACUCGGUGGAGGUAGUACCGGGGGGGCUGCAGGCGCCCCAGGCCUGGAUGCGGAACGAAGUCAGCAAACCACGUUCAAGGUCAUGUAGAUCUUCACAAUCGGAUGGUUUUUCAAAGAAGAAAAUCACGAAACCAGAACCAAUGUUGAAGCGCCUGCCAGCUGGGCCUAUACCAGAGCUGGAGAUGAAGAAUGGUCAGCCCGCUCAUGGGAGAGACUUUGAGGAAUUCAUGGGAUCAGAGUUGAUAGCUUUAGCGUCGAGCCAAGCAGAUCUGCGUGCUCAGCUGUCGCAGAUGUAUGACUCAUUCGAGUGUCAGCGCUCUGAAUUCGUUGAAAGUCUUCAGUCCAACGCUGUCCACAAGAGCAUCAAUGAAAUUGAAGAUGUGCUGGAGUUGAGCUCUAUGAUCAAAGAUUUGCAAAGCUCGAUUCAUACCGCUUUGAUGACGAUGGAAGAAUCAUUGGAUGCAGCAAGAAGACAUGAUGUGUCGGAUCUUCAAGAUGUGAAACGGAUCAUUUCACAAGAACAAAGAGGAAAGGUUAUGUCCAACUUGUAUGAUCAGGGGCUGGGCCAUAUAGACAAGAUUCAGAUGAAUGCCACAGAAUGGCAGAGCUGCGAUCCAGGAAUGAAGAGCUAUCGUGGGGAAUCUCGUUGGAGUCUGGUCUUGUUCGUAAACAUCUUACAGCAGAGGCUUUUCAGACAUGCGUGGAUAAAAUGGAAGGCAAUGAGGAGAAAGAGAGAGAGAUCGGCUCAAACACUUUUGUUGUUUUCAGCAGUGAGGGAAUGGAAUCUUAUUGCUGACAUCAUGUGCAAGGCAAGUAACAACAGCAAUCGGGAAUUGGAGAUCACAUCUCGUGUUCUCGUACAGUCGCUUCUUAAAUUCUCACGUGGACCUCGUGCCCGUCCUAGCAACAUGACAGAUCGAUGUCGGCAAGUCUACACUUGGAUGGAAUCUCAAAGAUUGAAAUCCACCUUCUUCGCUCGCAUGAAAACCUUGCUAAACAGGAUGAAGUUGUUGAAACGACAUGAGAAUACGCGCGAAAAGAAGAAUCUCAGCCGACAUCUCUGUAUCUGGAGAAGAGAGACGGAAGCAAGCAGAGCACAAGAGUUUGAAAGUCUGCAAAUGAAGAUGAAUCUCUCAAAGAUCCUUCGAAAGUGGAUUGUCGGGUCGUCAUGCCGAGAGAUGGUCCUUUCAGUUCAUCGUAAAAGGCGCAACCAGAAGCAUCAACGAGCCGCCUUCAGGAGAUGGGACGAUAUGAAAAGAGACGAAGACGCGGUGGAGAGCACUUGCAUCUUGGAAAAUCAAGACUGGGGAAAUACAACGGUCAUCAAAGAUCGCAUCUCAGAGGCAGCGUGCCUGGACGAAAAGGUUGACAAAGGACUUGUUUCAAUUCUGAUCAUGAUACAAAAGACCAAACUCCUCAUCAUGAGAUUCUUCUUCCGUUGGCACUCUUCUCUUGUCGCAUGCCAGAAGCUACUCUACACACAAGAAGCCAGUCAAUCUUUCGUCCUCAAGUCUUAUACCUCCUUCACAAGGGUCCGGCUGAGGUUGCCUUAG